ACCAUUUUAUUUCAAUUCCAAAACAUGUAAUCAUUCUGAGAGUCACAUGUCUGAUGAGAAGACAUACACGCCGCUCAAUUAUUUUAUUUCCACUUGCUACAGAACAAAGAUUUCAAGAAAUCAAGAAAAAGGGUUGGUUUGCAGAAAGUCCAAAGCAGCUUCACAACUUGUGGGCACACCUAUGUUUUAAUUAAAUCAAAUUAAAAAUAUAUACAUCCACUGUGACCUGACAAAAAGUAGCAUAUUUCAUAAUCUUGAAGUGCUUAGGGUUAAUUAAAAUGGUCCUUGAUUAGAUAAGACUUAGAGAUCUACACUAGCUCACACUUUCAAAAUGCUUAAUUAAGUGGUCAAGAAGUAGAUUCGAAUUAGACCAACAUAUCUAUAACUAGCUCCCUCUCCCUCUCCCUCUCUCUUACACACACACAUGAUGGCAGCAUCAAUCUUGACAAUAAUCUGCUUGCUGCUGAUAUCUGCUGCAGAAGCGAAAUCCGAAAAAGAAGCCGAUAAAAUAGCAAGUUUUCCCGGCCAACCGGCGGUCAAUUUCCGGCAAUAUUCCGGCUACAUUACCGUCGACGAAAAGCAGCAAAGAUCGUAUUUUUACUACUUCGUCGAAGCAGAAACCGAGGCUGCUUCAAAGCCUCUUGUUCUGUGGCUGAAUGGAGGGCCGGGAUGUUCGUCGAUAGGAGCGGGCGCUUUUAGCGAGCACGGACCCUUUCAACCCAGCGGGAAUAUUUUGGUCAAAAAUGACUACAGCUGGAAUAAAGUGGCUAAUAUGUUGUACUUGGAAUCACCUGCUGGAGUUGGAUUCUCUUACUCUGCAAACAAAUCUUUCUACGAAUCUGUAAACGAUGAAAUGACAGCAAGAGACAACCUUGCUUUCCUCGAGAACUGGUUCAAGAGAUUCCCAGAAUUCAACAACAGAGAUUUUUACAUAUCAGGAGAGAGUUAUGGUGGGCAUUAUGUUCCACAGCUAGCACAUCUCAUUCUUCACUCCAAAGCCAAGAUCAAUCUCAAAGGAAUCGCAAUAGGAAAUCCUCUUCUUGAAUUCAACACGGAUUUCAACUCGAGGGCCGAGUAUUUAUGGUCUCAUGGCCUAAUAUCCGAUGCCACAUUUUACGACUUCACAUUCGCAUGCAACUACUCCGAAAUCAGAAGGCAGGCGGCGUCGGGAGUUCUGACGCCGGUCUGCCGCCGUGUGAUCAAGCUGGUCUCCUCGGAGAUGAGUCGCUUCAUAGACGCGUACGACGUCACCCUCGACGUCUGCUUGUCGUCUCUGGAGCUGCAGUCUCAACGCCUGAAUCAAAUGCAAGAUGAGCCUAAAGUGAAUGUGUGUGUGGAGGAUGAGACGAUCGUGUACCUAAACAGGCAAGACGUGCAGGCGGCGUUCCACGCGCGGCUCCCCAAUGCGAGCAGAUGGAGCGUCUGCAGCGAGGUUUUGCAGUACAACAUGCAGGAUCUCGAGAUACCCACUAUCCCACUCCUGGCUGCGCUUCUCAAUUCGAGCAUUCGAGUAUUAGUUUACAGUGGUGACCAAGAUUCUAUUCUCCCACUUACGGGAACUCGGACACUGGUUGAUGGGCUUGCUAAAGAAUUGGGUUUGAACACAACCGAGGCAUACGGUGUUUGGUUUGAAGGUGGACAGGUUGGUGGGUGGACACAAGUCUAUGGCGACUUUCUAUCGUUUGCAACAAUACGAGGAGCUUCGCACGAAGCCCCAUUCUCUCAGCCGGAGAGGUCGCUCAUCUUGUUCACUUCAUUCGUCGAGGGAAAGCCGCUGCCGCGUGUUAACGGCGUGACCAAGGCGAAGAAGAUGAGUUCCAUGAACAGACUUGUGUAAACCUUCAAGGGAAGAAAAAUAGGCUUUAUAAUGACAUUAUUUUUACUUGUGUGAUUGGGGGUUUCAGACUCAAUGUUUUUCAGUCAUCAUAUAUAAUUCAGAAGCCACUAACAAUUUCCUUUGCAA